AUGGUAUUGUUGAUUCAUUCAUCCUUGAGCGCGAUGGGUUGGGUGUGUGGCGGGGCGGUAGCGGUCAUCGUUGCACUUCAGGAGGUUUUGGGUAAAACUGGUACACUUGUUAUGCCCACCCACUCAACCGAUCUGACCGAACCAAGCCAGUGGGAAAAUCCGCCUGUACCCGAAUCGUGGUGGCCGGUCAUACGUGCAACAAUGCCUGCUUACCAGCCGGAUCUGACGCCCACGCGGUCAAUGGGGAUUAUCGCAGAAACAUUCCGAAAGCAGAAAGGUGUUCUGCGUAGCGCGCAUCCACACCACUCGUUCUGUGCGUAUGGGCAUCAAGCGUCGCAUAUUACAGAUAACCACUCAUUGGGGUUUGGUCUGGGCGAGGGUUCACCGCUUGCCAGAAUCUAUGAUUUGGGCGGUUUCGUUCUUCUCCUCGGCGUGGGUCAUAAUAGCAAUACGUCUAUGCACCUUGCAGAAUAUCGUGCUACCUUUCCAACCAAACGGAUCGGUCAGGAGGGUGCCCCGAUCUCGACAGCGGGUUCAAGGAGAUGGACUACUUUUGAAAAUAUAGAUCUGGAUAGUUCAGAUUUUGAGGGAUCGGUGAGGACUUCCCCCAAAGUGAUGUAG